AUGGGAUAUUUUAAAAUAACACUUCAGAGAUCUUCUAUUGGUUUGCCAAAAAAUAUUAAACGCACAUUAUUAUCAUUAGGUUUGCGUAAAAGAUUAUCAACGGUUUAUCAUAGCAUUUCACCUGUAACAGCUGGAAAGAUUUUAAAGGUUAAGGAGCUUGUUUCUGUUGAAGAAGUAGAUAAACGUUUGACUUCUAUUGAAAUGAAAAGACUUAGACGUCCUGAUAAAGGUUAUUAUGUAGAAUCAUAA